UCAGCAUGUUCACGCCCGCUUAUGAGUGACCUGCUUUCUGCAUUUCUGAAUACUAGAGGACAAGAAGGGGACAGUCUGUACUUACUAUCUGUCUUGGAAAAAAGAAAGAAAGGAAAACAUAAUUGUUUUAUAAUUGACUGGUAGGAUAAUGAGCCUUCAUCACACGUCAACCGUGUUCCACGGUGUUCCUCCUAUACCCGAUCAGGCGACAGUGGUGAAAACAGGAUACCUCCUCAAGUCCCCCCCGUACUCCCUGUUGAGAAGAGAGACUUUCUGGAGAAGGCGUUUUUUUGUUCUGUACAAAUCAAAUGAACAAGACUACCGGCUCAAGUACUUCAACAGCGGGGAUCAGAAGGACAGGGCCCUGGGGGAAAUAGACCUGAAACAGUUAAGAGCGAUGCUAGUAAACCCGGGCGGCCACCCCAGAUGGAGUUGGGUCCAGAAAAACGUCAACUGUAAUCCAUCCUGCGUUCUCUACAUCAACACUUCUGCCAGGGAAUACUUUCUGGUUGGCGACAACAGCUCGGAUGUGAAUGACUGGCUCUUUGCUUUAUCCAAUCCCGGUUUUGCAGAGCAAAGUCUAUGUGAAGUUGUGGAUUUCAACACUGAAACUUCACAAUAG